UAAUGAAAACUGAAAAUUAUUAAUGAUUUGAAUAUAUCGAUCAGACACAUUAAUGGCCAUCGUAAUCCAGCUGAUCUGUUCAGUAGAAUCGUAGAUACGAAACAAUUUUUGAAACUUUUCCGAUUUCGUAUAAAUUCGAAUGAAUUUGAUUUUUCUGAUGCAAAUUUGUUUAAUGUUUAUCGAAUUUCUUCAAUUGCCAUCAAGAAUUUCGAUUAUCAGAAUUCAGUUGACGAUUUUGAAAAGUUGAAGUCUAUGGAUCAAAUUAUUGAUUUCGUGAAAAAAUUAUUACCAACUGGAAACACUGCUAAUGAUCGUUGGAAUUUGAUUCAUAGAUUAGCCCAAUAUGGUCACGAUUUGGAAGAAAUUAAAUUACCAUUCAUUCCCGGAGAAAUUAUUACGAUAAAAACUCGUGAUCCUAAUUUUUGCCCGAUUUGGAUACCUAAACAAUCUUGUUUAACUCAAGCUUUGAUUAAAGAACAUCAUGAAUCAACUAUGCACGGAGGAAUCAGAACAACCAUGGCUAGUAUCCAAUCUAAAUAUCAUAUACAGAAUUUAUAUCGCCUGGUGAAGAAAUAUGUUUUUUAUUGUGAAUUUUGUCGAAAAGAAAAGCGGAAGCCUAUAAUUCAACCUUUCGCUCCUUUACCAUCAACACGAACGAAUUUUGCGGCACCGUUUGAGGCUAUUUGUGUCGAUUUCUUUGGUCCUUUACACUAUCGUAAUAAUAAAAAAUUCUAUGGUUUGAUUGUAACAUGUUUGGUUACACGAAUGAUCAAGAUCGAAAUUGUUAAUUCGAUGAAUGCCAAUGUCACAUUGACAGCUCUCAACAACAUCUUUCUUCGUUGCGGAACUCCUUUAGUGAUUUAUAGUGACAAUGGUACCAGUUUCGUCCGUUGUAACAAAGAAAUUCAAAAAUUUUUUGAUCAUUUACAAAAAAUUAGCGAAGUAGAUAAUCGUCGUAUCGAAUGGAAAUUUUCGCCUCCGAAUGCUCCGUGGUAUAACGGUACUGCAGAACGGUUGAUAGCAGUCGUCAAGAGAUGUUUACGAACUUUGGACAAUGAAUUUAAAUCUAUUGAAGAUGCGCACAACAUGUUUUUGAAAAUAGAAUCGAUUAUAAAUAAUAGACCGAUUAUCCAGAAUGAUGAACGUUGGAUCUCUCCUUUUGAAUUAGCAUAUGGUCGUAAACAGGAGCCCCUAAUCAAAAAUGAUCUCGAAAUUGGACCAAACAAUAAUUGGUUGAAUCAUUUGUCAAAUAUUCGUAAAAAAUUUGAAAAAUUUUGGAAACACCAAUACUUAGCUUCUCUAAUUCAAUCUAAUCCUCCAUCGCCUACCGAUAUAAAUAUAAACGAUUUGGUCUUGGUUCCUUCUGAAUUCCGUAAACGAAAAGAUUGGCCAAUAGCCAAAAUUACUGAAGCAAUUAAAAGUUCUGAUGGUGUUGUUCGAGCAGUGAAAAUAAAAUUUUUGGACAAUAACAAUGAAUUUAUCAGACCUACUAAUGGUCUCGUCUUAUUGAAAUUUGUUUAGUUUAUUAUUUAGUGGCUUACAUCGCCAAAACUAAAAAUACAAUUAGAAUAAGUUUUUCAUUGAAAUAUUAAAUACAUUUUAGAACAUAGAAUUAAAUUUUAGUUCGAUUAUAUCGUUGACGUGUAAUAAUGCAAUCAUGACUAUUAUGCAGUCGUUUCUUAA